AUGUCCGCCUCCGAUUCCCGGGAAAAAGCCUACGGUUUUGAAUUUAAUAGCGACGGGGUGUCCAUCUGGGAUGUUGCGGCUCUUCAUGACGGGGUUGCCAAAAUACUCGCCACUGGGGUAGUUACGAGAGCUCGAUCUCCACCAGCGCCAUGCUGGUAUUCGUCGACGCAUGUCAACAGGAGGAGGAAGACGGGAACAGGCCCUUCUCCUUAUAAAGGGGCGACAGCGAUGACGUUUAAAAUAUUCAUCCCAUACCUGGCGGUUGCUCUCGCUGUUGCAUUGCAAGGCAUAACACUUAUUUAUCUUCCGCCAAACUCCCACAAACGGAAAUACAUGUUGCCGGUGAUUCUGCUGCCAGUUUCACUCGUUUGCUUUACGGCUCAACAUGCUAGCUUCGUAGGGCCAUGGAACAUCUUCAUCGGCUUGGAAUUCGGUGCUUUACUUGGCCUGGAGGUGUUUGAUAAUGUCUGCCUGUCCAAGGUCUCAUAUCACGCAGUGGGAGCGAGAAAGAAGAACGAUGAUGAUGAUCCGGAUACUACGAGCGCAUGGAGCCGAUUUUGUGAUAAAGUCCGCUGGUCUGUUGAUAUAGCUAUCAACAAACGGCGAAUUAACCGUGCAGACCAAACGCGCAAUGUGCCCCUUUUCGAUUCCAGCAGGCCACAGUAUGUUCCAUCACGGCGCAGUUUUCUCCUCUUCCGUGCCGCACGCUUCAUUCUGCUAUACCUGGCUCUCGAUCUUAUUACAAGCCAACCGCUAGAGGAUGCGCAGGUUAAAUUUGCUGUGGGCAAGGAGCGAAUUUUCACCCGCAUACUGGCGAGAGACAUCUCGCCUGCGGAAAUAGGGGAGGCGUUGGGUAUUAUCAUGGCCCACUGUGUAUGUGGGUAUAUGUCGCUGCUUUUGGGAUACGACUUUUUCUCGCUGGUUGGUGUAGGACUGUGCGGGGGCAGGGUUUCGGACUGGAGGCCCCUGUUUGGAGACAUUCGACAGGUUUAUACCAUCAGGACAUUUUGGAGACUAUUCUGGCACCAGCUCCUACUACGGCCCCUCGACGCAAGUGCCUCCUUCUUAACUCAUUCACUCCUUGGUCUCCCGCGCUACUCUACCAGUGGCAUCAACCGAAUCGUCACCACCGCCGACGACAACAGCAGUAAGCUCAAAACGUUACCACCAGAGCAGCAGCAGCAGCAGCAGCAGCAGCAGCCGCAGUCGCAGACGCAAGCCAGCAAACUCCUCCUCAUCACCGCCUACACCAAACUCACCCUCAUCUUCCUGCUGUCGGGCCUAAUUCACAUUAACUCCGACCACAUCCUGGGCAUCCGCUUCCGCGACUCCCAUUGCAUAUUCCUCUUCCUCUGCCAGGCCUGCGGCAUUAUAGCUGAGGACGCGGCCCAGUGGACGUACCGUUGCAUCACUGGAAGCAAAGGAAAUGGGCCUGUGAAGGUAUGGCACCGCCUCGUCGGCUACGCAUGGCUGGUUGUUUUCGCGCUGUGGGGGGCGCCCGGCUGGGCGUUUUCGGUUUUAGUUACUAGGUUUGUUAGCAUUGAGGCGUCGAGUCGCCCGGUAGUCGCUACGUCGAAGCCCGGCUAA